AUGACACAACAAAAACAAGAAAUGAAAAAUAUGAGAGCUGAAAUUACAAAAUCAAUAAAUGAAAAUAUAAACGAAAAGUUUAAAAAUAUCGAAAUAAAAAAUUUGCUACUGGAAGAAAAAAUUGAAAACCAACAAAGAACCAUAGAGAGUUUAGAUAGAUCAUUGCGCAGAAGAAAUAUUAUAUUCUUUGGUUUUAGUGAAGAAGAAAAAACCUACCAUGACCUAGAGGAAAACAUAUUAGAGUUAAUAAACACACACAUGAAAGCAAAUUGUGGAACCAACAACAUAGAGUACAUGAGAAGACUAGGCAAACCGAUCGAAAAAGUUAGACCGGUGAUUAUAACCUUCACCACGAUGGGUAAAAAGAUAGAAUUAUUAAAAAAGAAAAAACUCCUAAUGAGCACACCAUACUACAUACAAAAAGAUUUUCCAUUAGAAGUGCUUCAAAAAAGAAAAGAACUGCAUGUAAAACUUAAAGAAACCCAAGAACAGGGUAUUAAAAGGAAAUAA